GUUAUGGCAGAAUGGGACUUCAAUUUAGUUUUACAGUUUGGUGUUUUUCUGUCGCAUGGUCAAGCUUGUGUUGAAUAUGACUGACCAAAAAGGAAAUGGCAAAGGACAAGAAGAGUUCGUAUUGAACUCUGAUCAUUAAAACUAAAAAUUCAAUACUCUAUUAUCAGAUCACAAGAUUGUUAUUUACAAAAGGUGUUUGAAUCCCACAAGACAACUGAUUACUUAGCUUUCAGACCAAAAGGAAAUUGUUAAAAGAGUUUUGGCGGUUUCUUUCUGUAAGUGGAAACAUGUCAACAAUUUCAAUUUAAAAUCGAUUGAUCUAACCGAAAGAUAUAUUUUUGAAUUUUCAACAGAGCUGUAUUAGCCAUCCCAAGGCAUAUGAGUGGCCAAUCAGUAGGGCCAAUGACACGUGAUCACCUCAUCAUGUGUAUUGGCCAAUACCAAGUGGCAUUUGUCAGUUUAUAACCUUACUUUAAACAUCGUCUUUGUCAGCAGAUUAACAUAGAUAUCUAACAAUCCACCAUUGAUUCAAAGUUAUUAAAGUUUCAAAAAAUCAUAUACUGUUUCUGUAGUAUCGUCAAACUCGAUCCAUGAAAAGAUGGCAACUGAAGCAGAGAUCAUUCCUGAACACAUUUCUUUAGUGAAACCAGAGGAAGAGAGCAAACACUUGACCUUGGAGCUGUGUGACAAAGUUGUCAAGUUUCUACCAGGAGACUUGAACAAAUUCCAAGGUGAAUUAACCCGGCCUGCUGAAACCGGUGAAUGUUUGGCUAAAGCGGAAAACAUGCCAGUAGCCAGUAAUAAUGGGGUUGAAACCAUGCAUACAGUCUCUGAAGGCAAUCAAGAAAUCUCUAAGGGUGAAAGUUUUUUAAUAUCACCUGAGAUUUCCAAGGUUGCCAAUGAGACCCGUGGAAUGUUGGAGCAUACUGAGGUUGAUGACACUCCAUUUAAGGCAGAGAAGACACUGGAGGAUGAAGAAAAGAUGGUGAAUGAUAAAAAGUUUCAGCUUGAGGAAGAGGCGGGAACUGGGGAAAAUGAAGUGAAGGAAGCAACAGAAGACGGAAUGGAAAAGGGUGGCACAGAUCAUGGCAUUGAAGAGUUGAACCUUGAUAUUGGGGGAGAGAAAAGAAUGGAGGUUGAGGUAAUUGUUGACCAAGAUUCUUCACUGGAAGAGAAAGGUGAAAGCAUUGAAGAAGAAACAAGUCACUCACAAGAAAGUGAACAUAAAGGGACAAUGACUGAUGAAAAUGCUGAUAAUAUUGAGUCUGAUGAACAAGUUCUUGGCAUACAACAGGCCAAUUUAGAGCUUAAGAAACAAGCUUUAAUUCAUACUCCUGAUCCAACAAUUGAAAGCUUGAAGGAGGCUAAUGAAACAGUCACUGAGGCAAGUAACUCCAAUCUUCAAGAGGAACUGGAAGAGAAAAGCUUUAAAGAAGUCAAAGAUACCGAAUCAGAGAAGCUGCCUGCACUAGUGGGAAAGGAAGAGGGCACUGAAGUUGCAAUAUUGGGAAGAGAGAAAGAUCAAAUAACUUCUGAUAGCAUUGGAGACACCUUAACCUCAACAUUAGCAGAAAGUUCAGAGAUCAAGGACCAUGAAACAACCUCAGAAAUCAGUGAGGUUGCCAAGAAGGAGCCGUGCAAUCCUUAUGAGGAGGUAGCUUGUGGUCAUGAAUCCACACCAAAAGUGGAUGACAAGCUUGAAGAGGUUUCCAGUAUCAUAAUCAAGCAAGAGGGGAUACAAAAGGAGUUAGAAGAUUGCACUGCAGAGAAACCUGAACUGGAGGCCAUGGAGAACAUCUCAAAACAAGAAGAAACUAAAGAGCUUUGUGAAGGUCCCAAGUCAAUCAUAAAGGAAGAAUGUGCUAUUAUAGAUGAGACAAUGAAAUCAACUGAAGAAAUGCAUAGGAGCUUCCAAGAAGAAGUAAAAAAUGAGACACCACAAGUAGAGGUACCUGAAAAGUUGGAAAUAAAUACAGUUGAGGAUGCUGAAAAGCAAAUUCUAGAAGAGGAAGACACCAACAAGCACCAGACUACCCUACUGGCCGAGACAAUUGAAGAGAAACCGAAAGAAGAGAAUACCAGUCCAAUGAUGUCCAUAAAAAAGAAAAAAGAGGAUGACAGUAAAGCUGAGAGCAACUUUGAAGUUUCUACAUCAGCAACAGAUAAAGAGGAAUCUUUGGAGAAAGAAAAUGAGAAAAGAGAACCAGAAAAAGAGUUGUGUAAAGAAUCAGAAACAGCAGCUUCAGGUACAGGAAAAGAAAAUCCAGAAAUGGAGGAACAUCCUAUAGCUGACAUCUCCAACUCAUCAAUGAGUAGCGAAACUGUGAAGGAAAGUAUAAAGGAUGGUCAAAGCAGCCCAAUGAAGUUAAUAGAAGAGGCUAGCAACUCAAACAUUAAGGAAACAGCCCUCCAGAACUUAGAGGAAACAGCAGAGCCAAAUAAUGAUCCUAGUGUGCUUGAUAUUGAGAAUGAGUCAAAAGAAGAAAUAACAGCAACAGAACCCAAAGAAGACCUUGUCCGUAGAUUUUCAUCUGAGCUUGAGGAGUCCAAAAAGGACACUGAAGAAGAAACCUCAGUAAAAGGAAUUAUCAACACUGCUGAUUUGGACUCUGAAUCACCUGAAGCAGAAACAAAAGAAACAAACAAAAAGGAAGCUGAAGCAGAAGAGAAAAAGAAGGAAAGAAAUAAUGUUCUUGCUGCUGAAGAGAACUGCAUGGUAACAACUGAACAUGAAGGGAUCGGUAUUGACGGUGCUGACGUUGAUGUCAAACCAGUGGACCCCUCCACAUCAUUCGAGAAGGAGAAGGAGAUUCCCCAGGUAGAUGGAAUGCAGGAUAAAGUUCCAAACGCUGGAAGUGAAGAUCAAAUGGAGAUGACCACUAGGGAGAUUCCCUUAAAUGAAAUAUUAGGAGAUGAAGUGAAGGAAUAUUCUACCAUGCCUUCAGAAGAACAUAAGCUCACACCCACAGUUGAGAGGAAAAUAAUUGAUGAAACUUCAGAAAAAGAUCAGACUCCAGAUGAGCACUCAGAAUCUCCUGUGUUACAAGCAACAGAUGAGAUAUUAAUGGUAAAGGAGGAUAAUCCCACAUUAGAUGUUCCUAAAGCAGAGUCUGAAGAUACCGGAAAGGAGGGUAGGCAUGAAGUCAAGGAACACUUGGCUAAGGAACCAUAUGUGCAUACAGAACAGGAGUCCGGAAAAAGCCACUCUAUAUCAGGGGUCACUAAUGUCUCAAAUGGGGAAGAACCUAGAGAACUAGAGAAUGAAAGUGAUGCAUGCAAAGAAAAAACACUGCAAGAUAAACAAUCAUCAGAUACAGGAUUGGAAAGAAAGAAAGUUGAAGAUGGAAAGCCAUUGCAUGAAGCCACAGAUGUGGGAAAAACCUCAGGAACAUGCCAUGAUAGUGACAAGGCUAACCGAGAAGAAGAGAAUUUAGCUAAUAACUUGGCAAAACCAGAAAGCUUGGAGGGAGAUACUGAAGUAGAAAAAGAAGAAACAGAACUGCCAGGGGGAGCUCAUGACCAGAUUCCUGAAGUAAUUAAUGUGAAUGAUAAUGCAAAGAAUGUUGAACCAGUGGUUGAAGACCAAAGUAAGGAAACAAUCCCUCAACCCAGCAAGAGCCAAGAUGAUGAAACCAGCACAGAUGUUCAGAAUCAAGAAACUGAAAAACAGAUAUUAGAGGAACUGGAAGACAAACGGGACAAUGAACACUAUGUUAACAGAGAGCAAAAUGCAAAUGAGGUUACCAAGGCUGUCCUCUUGUCUGAAGAGGUCAACAAGGAAGUUGAGAAAGCUGAUGAUAGUGAAGACAUCAAACAACAUGUCAUUGAUGAAGAAAGUAGCACAAAUGAACUUCAUCUGGAAUCAAAAGGAGAUGAUACAACUAAUGAGGUGGAAGAGUACGCUUCAGUCUCAACUGUAUGUCUCAAGGAAGUAGACUCCAACAGACAGAUAGAAAAAAGCAAAUCAGAGGUCGAAGAACAUUUGACCAAGGACAGAGAGGCAUCCGUUGUCAUAAAAGAAUCAGAAGAAAUGAGACAGGAUGAAGAGUCUGGAGACCGUGUAAGCAUGCAAGGUGAAGAGAAAGAAUCAGAAGAAAAAAUUGAUGACAUUGUCGAUGGAUCAAAACUUUGUCAAGACAAGAGUGAUAUUGAAGCUGUGACAAAAGUAAGAGCGGAGACAAGCUUAAACAACACUGAGGUGGAUAAGAAGCUUGUAAGUACAUCGAAUAUUAGCUCAGAAACUACUGAGAGUGAUGCUAACCUAGAGACUAAAGAACUGAAACUUGAAGAAAUAUCCUCUGACUUGGCACCUUCAGUCCCCACUAAUGACAAUGAUGAAGUGGAAAGGCAAAGUCUAAAUGUGGAUAUUGUAGACAAGGAUGAAGCUGAAGUAAUCAAGAAAGAUCCUGAUGCAGUUUAUUUGUCCGAGGAUCAGAUUGAUGAAGCUGAGAAAAGCCUAACAGUGGAAAAGGUGGACCAACUCUCAAACAAUGAUCUUGAGCUUGUAGAGACAAAGAGUGAAGCCUCCAAAACUUCAAAUGCGGAUGAACUGGGGAAAAUUGAAUUAACUUCAGAUGGAGGUCAUUUUUCUGAAGACAAUGGCUUUGAACAAGAUGCAGAAACCAAGAAAAGCCUAACAGCGGAAGAACUGGAAGCAAAUGAAGUUGAAGAAAGCAAAGGUGAACCAGAAACAUCAUCCAAUUACUUACCUCAAAAAGUUGAAACCAUUUUGGAAGAAGAUGCUAUUAGUUCCCAUAAUACUCUCACAGAAGAGAAACUAGAGGAGCAACUUCAAACUUCUACAUCAACAUUGCCUUCUGAGGAUGAAGAGAUCAAACUCCAAACUCAACUACAAAGAUAGAAGAAGAGAUACAGAAGGAU